UUCCGUUGUGCCUCAGGAUGGAAUGCUUGCAUUGCGUUGGUCUGUGGCAACUGUGUUGUGUGGAAGGGUGCUCCAACAACUCCUUUGAUAACUAUUGCUGUGACAAAGCUAGUAGCUGAAGUUCUUGAGAAGAACAACUUACCCGGUGCAAUUUUCACAUCUUUCUGUGGAGGUGCUGACAUUGGUCAGGCAAUAGCAAAAGACACACGCAUUCCCCUGGUUUCAUUUACUGGAAGUACAAAGGUUGGCUUGAUGGUCCAGCAAACAGUGAAUGAGAGAUUUGGCAAGUGCUUGCUUGAGUUAAGUGGAAACAAUGCAAUAAUAGUCAUGGAUGAUGCAGACAUUAAAUUGGCUGUUCGUUCUAUUUUGUUUGCUGCUGUGGGUACUGCUGGUCAGCGGUGUACAACCUGCCGGAGACUGUUUUUGCACGAGAGUAUUUAAACAAAUGUACUAGACCAACUUGUUGGACUCUACAAACAAGUCAAGAUAGGGAACCCCUUGGAGAAGGGGACUCUAGUUGGGCCAUUGCAUACUCGUACUUCCGUGGAAAACUUUCAGAAGGGUAUUUCAGUCAUAAAAUCCCAGGGAGGGAAGAUCUUAACAGGUGGAUCUGUAUUAGAGUCAGAAGGAAAUUUUGUACAACCAACAAUUGUUGAGAUUUCUCCAGAUGCUCCUGUAGUUAAAGAAGAAUUGUUUGCUCCAGUUCUUUAUGUCAUGAAAUUUCAGACUCUGGAAGAAGCAAUUGCCUUGAACAAUUCUGUACCUCAAGGAUUAAGUAGUUCAAUCUUUACACAAAGACCUGGAACUAUAUUCAAAUGGAUCGGGCCACGAGGUAGUGAUUGUGGUAUAGUGAAUGCAAAUAUACCUACAAAUGGAGCUGAGAUUGGUGGUGCCUUUGGUGGGGAAAAGGCAACUGGUGGUGGUCGUGAAGCAGGAAGUGACUCAUGGAAGCAAUACAUGCGUCGUUCUACAUGUACCAUCAACUAUGGAAGUGAACUGCCGUUGGCUCAGGGAAUUAACUUUGGUUAGACAGCCACCCUUGUUACAUGAGGAUGAACAAAUGCAAUUUUGCAGCCAGAAGAGACAAGUUCUAUCACACAUGUUAGUCUGGUUGACUUUGGCUCAAAGUGUUGUUUGAACCUUGAACAUGACAGCUUCAAUGUAUUAGACUUAAAUAAAUGGCAAUUAAAUCUUAUUUCCAAAUAAAGUAUCUGACGUUUAAAUA